UGUGGGGAGCUGAUACGAGCGUUGAAUGAGUGUCAUGCGAAAGGUUUUUGGCACAAGAUCACCGGAGGUUGCAAUGAUGUCAAGUUGGAGUUGAACAAGUGUCUGAGAAAAGAGCGGUUAGAACGUACAGCGCGCAACGCUGAGAAAGCGGCCGUGAUGAAUGAAAAGAAGAGGAGGGCGUGGGCAGAGUUGGAGCAGCAAGAAGAUGCAUGA